UCGGAAUUGAAUUUUUCGAAUUUGAGUAAGGAAAAAGUUUAGUCUUGGUUUCAUUUGCUUAUUUUUUGAAAUUAAUUUGCAAAAAAUCUUAAAAAAAUUAAAUUACAAAAAUCAAAGAAUCUUUAAAAUACCAAAGAAAACAGAAAUAAAAAUGGCUGGGAAAUCUAAAAAGACAAGUUCCGCUCCAGCGAAAAAUAAGACAUCUGUACGCUAUAAUCCAAUUGCUAAAGAAGAUAAAAAACAAGAAAGAGAUCCAAAAAAGGUAUCGGAAGCUACUGCAAAUGGCAAAAAUAAAGAAAGUAAAUUACAAGUAAAAAGCCCUUUAGCAAAUUUGAUUCCUGAGUACGAUAUUUAUGUUUUUAAUUUACCUCCGCAUGCAAUUGAGAACGAUUUGUGGAGAUUAUUUGGGCCCUUUGGUGCUAUUAAAAAUGUUGCGCUUGUGCGUGAUCCGCAAACAAAACAACAUAAAGGCUUCGGUUUUGUAACUAUGAAAAAUCAAAAUGAAGCAACACAUGCAAUUGAAAUUCUAAAUGGACAUGUUUUACAUGGACGCCCACUGAAAAUAAGUUUUAAAAAUGAAAAAAAAUCAGAAGAUGAUAAAUUUGGAGAGCGUGGAGCUUAUCACCUUUACAUUUUUAAUUUAUCUGGAAAAACGGUUGAAGAAUCUUUGUGGAAACUUUUUGCCAGUUUUGGUGCUGUAAAAAGUGUUACAAUAAUGCGAGAUUCCAAUACAAAUAUUUCGAAAGGUUAUGCUUUUGUCACUAUGAAAAAUCUUAAAGAUGCUCAGAAUGCAAUUGAAACUUUAAAUAAUUUUAAAUUGGAUGGACGUAAUUUGAGUGUUUCAUUCAAAGGACAACGUAUGGAUACUGAUGAAAAGCCAAAUAUAAUUAGUACUACUAAUUAUGAUCGAAGUGAAUCUAUACCAUUGUAUGUGAAUAAUUUAUCACCAGAUGUUAAAGAUGAUUCCAUUUGGCAAUUGUUUUCCCAAUUUGGUACAUUAAAUGACAUAAAUAUUGUAAGGAAUUUAAGUACAUUACAGUGUAAAGGUUACGGAUUUGUUAUGAUGAAAAAUUUAGAUGAAGCAACACUAGCUGUUGAUUCGCUAGAUGGAUUUGUGUUUGAAGAUAAAACUUUGCAAGUAAGUUUUAAAUCUCAAAAGAAAAUCAAAGGAGAACCAAUUUAAUCAAAAAGUAAAGGAUACAUAUAAUAUACAAUCAUAAUCCUAGAACAUUAUUAUUGGCAUUGAUUCAAAAUUAAAAUUUCUUAACCAAAAGAAAUUUCAAACAAUAGUUUAAGUGAACCAAAUUUGAUGUGAACACUAAAUUGGUGUAAAUAAACAGGAACU